AUUUCACUUUAAUUAAUUUCCAAAAAAAAGCAUCUUAGUCUCACUUCUAAGUUCACACACGCUCACACACUCGCACUCACUCUUUGGAAUCACACACACAAAUCUCAGGCACAAACACAAAGCAGUGGGUGAGAGAGUGAUAACGGUGGUUUUAACGUUUUUCGUUAUUAUUCCUUUACAACUCAACUUGCAUUUUUCUCUCACUUUCGCAUCUCAGAUCGAAAUCAAGGCAGUGUCUAAGUUCAUCUGCACUGCUGAUGUAUAUACCAACCAGAUAACUACAUGGUGGAGAGAGACAUUUCGGAUACUUUUGUCUCAGAUGAAUUUUAGUAGUUCUAGUAUUCUUGAACAGUGUUGCUAUGGGCAUUUGUCUGAUUAAAGGGCAGUGGCCGUGGCUUCUAUAUGUCUUGCUGAUAGAUAUUGUAAUUAAUAACACGGAAGCAAUCAGUCCUGAUGGUGAGGCACUUGUCAACUUCAGGACAGCCAUUAUUAGCUCUGAUGGUAUCCUGUUACAAUGGAGGCCCGAGGAUCCUGACCCAUGUAAAUGGAAAGGAGUUAAAUGUGAUCAAAAAACUAAGAGAGUGACACAUUUGAGUCUAUCUCACCAUAAGUUAAGUGGUUCUUUAUCACCUGACCUUGGGAAGUUAGAGCGGCUGAAAGUUCUUGCUCUUCAUAACAACAACCUCUAUGGGGUAAUUCCACCAGAACUGGGAAAUUGCACUGAAUUGCAGGGAAUCUUUUUACAGGGUAAUUACCUCAGUGGAAUGAUUCCAAGUGAAAUAGGAAACCUCUCACAGCUUCAAAAUUUGGAUAUAUCAAGCAAUUCCCUUGGUGGGAAUAUUCCAGCAUCAAUUGGAAAGUUGUAUAAUCUAAAAAACUUCAACGUAUCAACCAAUUUUCUGGUCGGACCAAUACCUUCUGAUGGUGUCCUUGCAACCUUUACUGGAAGCUCGUAUGUUGGAAAUCGUGGUUUGUGUGGGGUACAAAUCAGUUCAACUUGUAAAGAUGAUGGUUCACCUGGGAGAAAUGGUCAAUCUAAUUCAGACCAAAGUCAAAAUGGAAAGAAGAAAUAUUCUGGCCGACUUCUCAUCAGUGCAUCAGCAACUGUGGGUGCACUCCUUUUGGUGGCACUUAUGUGCUUCUGGGGUUGUUUUCUUUAUAAAAAGUUUGGUAAAAAUGAUAGAAUAAGUCUUGCAAUGGAUGUUGGUGCAGGUGCCUCAAUAGUGAUGUUUCAUGGAGACCUUCCAUAUUCUUCAAAAGACAUUAUUAAGAAACUAGAGACUUUGAAUGAGGAACACAUAAUAGGAGUAGGGGGAUUUGGAACUGUUUACAAGCUUGCAAUGGAUGAUGGGAAUGUAUUUGCUUUGAAAAGGAUUGUAAAGAUGAAUGAGGGCUUUGAUCGUUUUUUUGAGAGGGAGCUUGCAAUUCUUGGUAGCAUCAAACACCGUUAUUUAGUUAACUUACGGGGAUAUUGCAAUUCGCCUACAUCAAAGUUGUUAAUAUAUGACUACCUACCUGGUGGCAGUCUUGAUGAAGUUCUUCAUGAAAGAUCUGAGCAACUAGACUGGGAUGCACGGUUGAAUAUAAUCAUGGGAGCUGCAAAAGGGCUUGCCUACUUGCACCACGAUUGUUCUCCUAGGAUCAUACACCGAGACAUAAAAUCAAGCAACAUUUUGCUCGAUGGAAAAUUGGAUGCUCGGGUUUCUGAUUUUGGACUUGCCAAACUUCUAGAGGAUGAAGAAUCUCACAUCACUACUAUUGUUGCUGGAACAUUUGGUUAUCUAGCUCCAGAGUAUAUGCAAAGUGGCAGAGCAACCGAGAAGACCGAUGUUUAUAGUUUUGGGGUGUUGACACUUGAAGUGCUUAGUGGAAAGCGGCCAACAGAUGCAUCCUUCAUUGAAAAGGGUCUCAAUAUUGUUGGUUGGUUGAAUUUCCUUAUUACCGAAAAUAGGCCGAGAGAUAUUGUCGAUCCUCUAUGUGACGGGGUUCAGGUUGAGAGCCUUGAUGCCUUACUCUCUGUGGCUAUUCAGUGUGUUUCCUCAAGUCCAGAGGAUCGACCCACUAUGCACCGAGUGGUCCAGUUGCUUGAAUCGGAGGUUCUAACUCCAUGCCCAAGUGACUUCUAUGACUCCAACUCCGACUAGAAAGCUUGUGAAGACAAUUUAAUGGUACUUGUUAGUGCAAAUUACUUGUGAGUCAGAAGUGAUGAAAGAGGCUGAGAAUCUGCACACAAUUUUUCAUCUCAAUUGCAUUCAUUCUUAAAGUAUGUUUGUAAUGGAAGGUGGCCUUCGUUACAUCACUUCACAACAGAAGGUGUUGUUCUUCGUGCUAUAUGGUCAUUGGACAUUUUCAUGCAUUUCAUUGUCUUCGUGAUGAGUUGCAUGUUAUAUUUGAUCGUGGUUCUCCCUUCCACUUUUGUGUUUCCCCUCCUUUUGUUAGCAUUUGUAAUCUUAGUCCCAUUGUUCACUCCAAUUUAAGUGUAUAUGAAUAUGUAUAAUUUCAGAAAGUCCACUUUUGCAAGUAAUUCUUGUUAUUUGUUCUUGUAAUAUAUGUUUCCAUAAAAGAAGGAUUAUUGAGAAGGUCA